AUGGCCAAAAGACCACGAAAGGACAAAAGCUCUUCUGCACCCAAAGCAAAAGAACCAUCCUUGGAACAACCCGAAGCAACACCGAAAGUUACUAUUACCGCUCCACCAGUCAUUGAAAUGAAAACCCCCACGUCACCUCAACCGGAAGUAGUCACGAAAGAUGUUUCUCAUAAGACUCCUCAAAUAUCUUCAACCGAACCUGUUAUAAUUGCUGAUUCCUCAGAAGAAGAAGAGGCUGCACAAUCUACUCCUGUGAAAGCAACAAAAAGCCACUUUCGGCCCACAAUUGCCAAAGCAAACGAGAUCAUGGCGAAACUGGCUCCCCUUCCUGAGUCAAUAUUGCUAUCCAAACUAAAGAAGAAGCUUGCAUCUUCUCAGGGGGAAGAAAUGAAAAGAAAGGAAUCGAAGAAAAGAAAGAAGAGAUCAAAGAGCACCGAAAGUUCGAAAAAAUCCUUACCACAAGAACCCAUCCAGGCAGAGCAACUCGACAUGAGUUUGACACAAGAACCUGCCGUGGUGGACAAAGAAGCUCAAGGAUCUAAGCCUCUGAACGAUCACUUAAGUCUCCCACAAGAACCUGGCAUGCCAGAAGAGACGAGAGGAGUGAUCGAUGGUCAAAUUACAACUGUCGCUGAACCAACCCUCCCACAAGAACCUACCCGAACAGAGCAGAUGGCUCCCAUUCUGACACAAGAACUUGUCAGGGUAGAAGAGGAUGAAACCACACCAUAUCUUUCGAGUCACUUAAGUCUCCCACAAGAACCUAGUCAAACAGCUGAGACGAGAGAAAUGACUCCUCUAAUAAAAUCCGAUCAGAAAGAAGCUCAACCCAAGCCUGAAGUCUUGCCCAAAUCGGUUAUACCCGAAAGCUCUCAAGCAAUUGUGUCAGUACUCGAAGCUGUCCCAAUUCCUCCAUUAAGAGAUCAACUGCUUCGAGAAUCUAUUGAGACUAAUUUCCAAAGGGUUAUGCAAUGGCAGAAAUGGCGCACCUCUCCAUUACGAACGUUUCUUGAAAUGUUUGAGGAAAUGAAGGAUGAAGAAGAGUUCGCCUUAGAGUGGAUUGGUACACAAGACGUCUAUGAAGCUUUGCGUCUUGAAACUAUCAAACGUGUGUACUCAUACAAAGUGACCCAUCGCACUCUCGGGAAAGAAAAGGCACCCAUCUGCAUUGAGCUCAACAAGCCGCCAUUGGACCCAGCCUUCGUCGAAGAGAUGAAAGAAUUUCGUGGACUCAAAGAUGACGAAGGAAAGGAGAUUGAACAUGACGACGAAAGAACAUCUGAAAACGAAAGCAGAGAGGCGAACUCUGAUUCAGAGAAUGAUAAUGAAGAACCUCAUGUGAAUGAAGAAGAUGAUAAAGAUGAAGAUGAAGAUGACAAAUCAAGUGAUGAACAAGACGAUUCUCAUGACGAUGGCGGAGAUGAAGAUGAUGACGAUGAUGAUGAUGAAGGAAAAGAUAACACUAAUCUUGCUAAUGAUGGAAAUUCGGAUUAUGAUAGUGACUCUCCCAUCAUAGUAGGUCUAACACGUGAGUUACCUCUCACCAUGUUACCUCCUCUUGAAGAUACAGCUCGUGAUGACAACAUGGAUGCAUCACUAUGA